CAGGGCGAAAAACAAAGAUUAUAGAAAUCGGCGAGCCGGAAUGCUGGAUCCACCAUAUCAUCAAGGCAACUUGAACGUUAUGGAGUUCGGUGAACGUUGGGCGUCUCACCAUAAUGCUCCACUGCCCAACCUUUUCGUCUCGUAUGCUUUGGCCCAUAAGGCACCGUACAGAACAGCCACGCCUUACGAUGAGAAUGACACAGCGUCCGCGUACUCCAGCAAGACCGCCUACGAUCAGAUGGAGAAAUUUAAAGGGAUGGCAAAAGAGUUGAAAGGGCCCGAGUAUGAUGUGACAACAGAGCCUCUUGACCACGCGUUGGUCAUGAUCUCUGGAGAAGGCAGGAAACAUGGCAAGGAAGCAAUUGCAGGAGGCAUGUUCCCUAGUUCCUCCCAUAGCUCUCUCCCUGAAUACAAAGCUCGGUUAGAUGCGAUUGCCAUGCCAUAUUUUGUAGGCCUGACUGGCGGAGUUGAGGCGAGUGGCGGCGGAGGAGAGGGCGGAGGAGAGAUGACUGGCUGA